AUGUACAACGAGAGGCAGCUACGCUCUACAAUCCGCGCCCCAAUGCGAUAUGGCGAAGCCGAGGCAGAGAGCACAACUUCAGAUCUACUUCGAUCGAUGCAUGAAUCCCGUGAGAAGAUCGCCAAUGAUGAACCUCUUCAAGAGCUCGCGGAAUCGUCUGCAUCAUCUCGGAAACGGCAAAGGCACCCAUCGGCGCGGCCUUACGUCCCUGAAUUCAACCCGAACCUGCCUCCUGCUGCCUUCCCGAGCCUGACGUGCGUGAACGAGUCAGUACCCCAGGGGACACGAGAGGAUCACUUGCGUGCUCUUAGAGAGGAAAGAGAGAAAAAACUCCCGCGAGCAGAAAGUAACUUUCCCCAGCAAGAGGAACUUUCAACUGUAUCUGUGGUGAAAAAACCCGUCAAAAAUGAGUGCCGUGCUUUCACUGUACUUGGGAUCCAAGCUUCUCCUUCCAGCUCCACAAGGAAACCAGCAAGUACCAUUGAACAGCGAAUUCGAACUGCAGGGUUUCAAGAUCAACACCGACGAUUUACGGAAGAUUCGACACCAAAAUGGCCUGGGGGAGACGGAAUUUAUCUCAGCUUCUCGGAUAGUGAUCUUGAUGAGUCAAGUUUUGUACACCGGGAUGAGAGAGAAAAUCGCCCCAACCCUAAGUGGUCAGAUUUAAGUACGUCGCUUCAAGCAGAGAUCAUGGAUAAUCUCUUGGAAGAAAUCACGUGGGAAUGUGCUUGCCAGAAGCUCGGAUUCUCACGCAGGGAACAAAAAAGAGCCGAGGAAGCAUUGGAAAAACGGAACAGGCAAAGGGAUAAAGAGGACAUGCACCUGAGGAUUAUGAGAGACAAGCAGCUGAAGCAACUCAUGCGUAUGGAUAAAAGCGUCAAGUGCCAGGUCUCGGACAAAUUUGCCCUUCAAAAGAUAUCCAGAAGUGCCUUUCGAAACCUUAUUCUCAACACGAGGCAAAAUUUGUUGAGUUGCAAAAAGAGCGAGCUUCAUGCAGCUUGGAGAUUCCUGGAACAGCGUAAACUGCCCACAAUUUUGGCCGGGGACCUCUGGAGCAACGGCGAAAAAACCAUCAGACCUUACAGAUACAUUCAGCCGGGAACCAAAAAGCUUAAGUACAAUAAGGGACCCUAUUCUCACCUGAAAGCUCCGGAAAGUCCAACCCCCGAUCAGCUCAUUGAGCGUGCCGGCAUCGACUAUUCUCGGGUAUAUGAGGAGCCGCGAGGCGAUGAGUUGGCCAUGGGCGCAGGAAAAGCAAGCAAUCCUCUUGUUACUCCUGUGAACUUCAAUCUGACCACGGCUUAUCGCGAGGCACAGAGGGAGCAAACCACAAGCGAGACUUGGCCAGAUCAAGCCGUAGAAGAGGAUGGACAGAUUUCUACUACGGCUCGUGAUGUCCCUGAGCAGUACUGGGAGCAUAUUCAUCCUGUUGAACAAGACUGGGCGCAGCUGGCUCGAUCUGCGAAGGCUCUCGGUCUAGACCCAGAUCAUCCUCCACACGAUGAUCACAAUGGGGAAGGCGACCUUGACGACGAUGCAAUCAGUGCAAUGCUGGAAAAAGUAACCUACUUCAAUGAAAAACACCAGGAGGCCUUUUUUGACGACACAGAUGAUGAGGUUGAACUGGUUCCCAUUCCCAAAGCUAUCAAGCACACUCAAUCUGGUCGAAAAACCAAGGCCCGAAGAUGCACAAGAUGA